CUCAAGGCGCCUCAAACAGAUGUGUCCAAGAAAUCCACGGUUUAUUGGUUCUCGAUGUUUGCAGUUCCACACGGUGAAGCUCCAUGGCCUUACUCUCCGGCCCCAACCAUCCAUUGCCUCCGGCGAUUAACCGUUCACUGCCGACGAAUUCAAAACCUGCUCGCACCACUUAUUUACAUGUAUCCAAACAAGAACCACCGCUCUCUCUAUCUGGACAUGAUAUUGAUGCGGCAGAGAUAGAAGAAAAGUGGAUGGAAGACUUACAGAAGCAACAGAAGAAGGAAGACAGGGAGAGGAAAGAGGCGGUGAACCGGAAAAUUGCAUCGCGAAAGGCGAUAUCGAUAAUACUUAGAAGGGAGGCCACGAAGGUCAUCAUUGAAAAGAAGCGUGGACCCAAUAACUCUAAGAAGCUGCUUCCAAGGACUGUGCUUGAAGCUCUCCAUGAGAGAAUAACUGCUCUGCGUUGGGAAUCUGCUCUCAAGGUUUUUGAACUGCUAAGAGAGCAGCUCUGGUAUGAGCCGAAUUCGGGAGUGUAUAUCAAGCUAUUUGUUAUGCUUGGAAAGUGUAAGCAACCUGAAAAGGCCCGUGAACUCUUCCAUCUUAUGAUAGAUGAGGGUUGUGAUGUGAGCCAGGAGUCCUACACUGCUCUCUUGUCUGCCUAUAGUAGGAGUGGUCUCUUUGAUGAAGCAUUUAUGCUUUUGGAGGAAAUGAAGAACACCCCUGAUUGUAUGCCUGAUGUCCAUACUUAUUCAAUACUCAUAAAAUCAUGUCUCCAAGUUUUUGCCUUUGAUAAAGUUCAGGCCUUGCUGUCUGAUAUGGCAUCUAACAGAAUCAGACCCAACACUGUCACCUACAACACCCUCAUCGAUGCAUAUGGGAAAGCAAAAUUGUUUUUGCAGAUGGAAUCAACACUUGUUAAGAUGCUCAGUGAGCGAGGCUGUGAGCCAGAUGUCUGGACCAUGAAUUCUACACUCAGAGCCUUUGGUAACAGUGGGCAAAUAGAAAUGAUGGAAAGGUGCUAUGAUAAGUUUCAGGGUGCUGGGAUUCAGCCCAACAUCAAAACUUUCAACAUUCUUUUAGACUCCUACGGUAAAGUUGGGAAUUAUGAGAAAAUGGGUUCUGUGAUGGAAUUCAUGCAGAAAUAUCACUAUUCGUGGACGAUUGUGACCUACAAUGUAGUGAUAGAUGCAUUUGGGAGGGCAGGUGAUUUAAAGCAGAUGGAGUACUUGUUUAGGCUAAUGUGUUCAGAGAGGAUAAAGCCAAGCUGUGUUACACUUUGCUCUCUUGUGAGGGCUUAUGGUCAAGCAGGGAAACUGGCAAAAAUUGGGGGCGUCUUGCGGUUUAUUGAAAACUCAGAUGUAACACUGGACACUGUCUUUUUCAAUUGUCUGGUGGAUGCAUAUGGAACGAUGGGAUGCCUUGCAGAGAUGAAAGGAGUGCUUAAGAUGAUGGAGCAAAAGGGAUGCAAGCCUGAUAAGAUAACAUAUAGAACCAUGAUUAAAGCUUAUUCCAGGAGUCAUAUGACUAGCCAUGUAAAGGAGCUCAAGGAUCUUGUUGCAUCGGCACAAAAACCUCGAUUGGAGAAGAAGAAGCCAGAUUUUUGACAUCGACGAUAUUGCAUCGGUCAUUGAUCCUGUUUUCUUGUACUUGGCUGUGAAUAUUAGUAAAUUAGAUGAGAUGUAAUCACAGAGAACAAUAACACAUGUCUUCGAAUUUUUUCGGGUUAUGCAAGGAACCAUAUCUUUGAUAGUUUUGAUCUGUAAAGGAAUGGAACUAUCUGUUCUCAUUUGCAAAGAACCUACAUGAAUGCAGUUUGAAAAUUUCAGCUCCUGGUA